GAGGCUUGUCCGGAGGCGGAAGUGACAUAAGCGGAAGUGGCUCGCUGCGGCGGGGGGGCUGUGUUGCCAGGAUACCGGGAUGAUCCGCUCCGCUGUUGACAUCCAGCCCGCCUGCCUGGGGCUGUACUGCGGCAGGAUCGUCCUGGCCGUCAACGGCUCCGUAGAGGUCUACGGGGACUGUGGGGUGUGCCCCAGAGGGCAACGAACUGACGACAACAAAAUCUGUCGGGAGUGUGUGGGAUCCCCGGACCGCUAUGACUGGCUGUACCUGGGCUUCAUGGCCAUGCUGCCCCUCGUUCUGCACUGGUUCUUUAUUGAGUGGUAUUCGGGCAAAAAGAGUUCCAGUGCACUGUUGCAGCACAUCACUGCCUUGUUUGAGUGCAGCAUUGCAGCAAUUGUUACUCUGCUAGUGAGUGAUCCUGCUGGCUCUCUGCACAUCCGUUCCUGCAAGGUGAAGAAGCUUUCAGACUGGUAUACGAUGCUCUACAACCCAAGUCCUGAUUACAUCACUACAGUGCACUGCACUCAUGAAGCAGUCUAUCCCCUGUACACGAUUGUGUUUAUAUAUUAUGCCUUCUGCCUUGUGCUAAUGAUGCUACUUCGACCUUUCCUGGUUAAGAAGAUUGCCUGUGGCCUAGGAAAGUCUGAUCGAUUUAAAAGCAUUUACGCGGCACUUUACUUCUUCCCAGUCCUCACCGUGCUCCAGGCAGUUGGAGGAGGCCUGCUCUACUAUGCCUUUCCAUACAUCAUACUGGUGUUGUCUCUGGUUACGUUGGCUGUGUACUUGUCUGCUUCGGAAGUGGAGUCUUUCAAGGAUCUUCUUGUCAGGAAGAAAAGGCUUGUUGUCCUCUUCAGCCACUGGUUGCUUCAUGCCUAUGGAAUCAUCUCCAUUCCCAAGCUGGACAAGCUUGAGCAGGAUCUCCCACUGCUUGCCUUGGUUCCUGCACCUGCCAUCUUCUACUUGAUGACAGCAAAGUACACUGAGCCAUCCCGCAUACUCUCAGAAGGUGGAAAUGGACAUUAGAAGGAUUUUGUGCCAACAGUGCUGUCCCAAGGAUCUGGAUUAAACAGGUUGAGUGCUUGUUAUGCAUUUGAAAGCUUCUGUUUUAAAAGAAGUUAUCUUUGUACAGGGCUUACAGGUGAAACAUUUCUGAACAAGACUGUAGUAUUAAAAACCUUUGCUUCUAUGAAGAAGACAGCAUCUAGUAUACAUGAAGGGAAUUGUCUGUAUUUAUCAUCCUGAAUCUGCAUAAAAGCUUCAGACACUUUCUUGUACAGUAUUUUGCUUGUAUUGUUUAUUUACUAAUGUAAUAUUUUAGGUGGUCUUUGAAUAAAACAAGGCAGCCUUCAGAAUAAAAUUUCAGUGAGGAGGGCUUGAAUAAAACAUAGCAUUGAUUUUCUCAUCCCAUAUGCUGGCUUCUGUCUUCCAAAGACUAUCUUGAGUAUUUCCUCAUUUAUUCUUCACUGCAUCUGAUUCUAGGAGAAAGGAGAGGAAGUGCAUUGUAAGUUUCUGGAGCUUGUUCUGUAUACUGCUAGAAAGAAAAUGCCAGUUGCAGAUGCAUGAAUACAGAGUUCUAGAAGUAUGGUCCUAAACCCCGUGUGUUAAAAUAUCAUUUACAAAACUGACAGGUUCAUGGGUAAAUUUUUCUCUAAAAUACCCAAAUACAGGUUUCUGUCUGUAUUUGCACGUUUGCCACAUUAAUGUACUCCCUGUAGGAAAGUGAGCAGACAGGGCAGCAACAGGCAGGAAAAGGCUUUUGCAGAGGUGCAGUACUGAGAACUGUGUGUGUUUACAUGCAUUUGUUUCCAUGCAUGGAUUUCAUGUGUUAUGAAAAACCUCUGCAUGUUGUGCCCAGGAAGCAGUACUGACACUGGCCUUCAGAUGAAGCAGGGAGCUCUUCUGCUAUACACUGUCCUUCCCUCCUCUGCCUGGCUUCCUCCUUGGGACAUUGCCUUCCUCUGCUAGUUCCCUCUUCCUGGCAUAUAACCCAGACCCAACAAUUUCAAAGCAGCCUCAAUAGCACAGCUUUAUCAGCUCCACAACACAAUUAGAAACUGCAUUCUGUAACAAGGCAGUAGUCAUACCCUGACCAAGCCUGUGACUCAUUACAAACAAGGUCCCUGUGAACUAGGAAGGAAAGCAGGAAUCCAUAGGCUUAGAGCUAAAAAGAGGAACUAAAGCAAACUAAUGCCCUAGUGUAAUAACAGUUGUUAUCACAGGCCUCCAAAAAGUGGAAAUUAAAGAUGAUAACAGCACCCAGGCUACUAUUAAUUCUAAUAUCCAGGCCCAGUUCUUCAAAAAAUGCACCAGCUUUACCACAAAGCCUAAAUCUACAGGAGGGCGACUUAACACAGCUGUACUGUGUGUGCUUUAUCACAGACUGCUGAGAACAAAUUGAAUGGAACUCCUCUAGGACUGAAAAAACAGAGUGAAAAGGUUUUGGUGCGUCUUACCAUCACCAUCCAUUCUAGAUUUUUUUUCAAGCAGAGAAUCCAUUCCUUCCAGACUAUUUCGUAGCCUGCUGUUAAUGUCACCAACCCUUUCCUCUCGUUGCUGGAUUUUUCUUAGCAGGGCUGUCACUGCAUUCAGAAUUUCCUGCUCAUUCUCCAGAAAUUCCUGCAAUGACAUGGGGUAGAUUGUUUCUUUCCCUCAAAAUUAUGCUGAGAAAGCUUUUUUUCAUCUUCUUUUCCCAUAGCUUGACCAACCACCCAACUAAUAGCUCUGCAGGAAGUUUUCCACUGAUGACCCAAUCCUUGCAUUAAAAACAGGAAGGUUUUCCUGUCCUGGUGGAAUAUUUUGUAAAAACUUCCUUACAGUUUGCUUUAAUUCCUGUUGAAAAUGAAGGACGUUCCCAACUGUAAAAAUAUUCCAAGGUUGAUGAUCUGAAUGAAUAAUAGUAAGAAUAUUAGCAUAUAAAGACAGACAGACAGGUUUAAGGUUGAACACAGAUUGAGCAAAAGGAUUGAUACCAGGAAAAAAUACAUAUCAUUGGAAAACACAGGUUUAAUAUUGUGCCCCUCUAUGAAAUAAAAAAGGCAGUACCAUACUUGUAAUAUGAAAUGUUGCUUUUCAUCAUAAGUGAAAUAUUUGUGCAAAAUUGUUUGAUACGAAAUUGAACUUCACCUUCUGAAUAGAGCUGUCCUCUGACCAUCUCUCCAGAAGAAAACCUGCAACAGAGCUGACAGUUAAGCUAUGGUAGGUUGUUCUGUGAAGAAGAUGCAAGGACUGAAAUACCACUUUUUGUUUGGAGGCUGUAAUUAACAUUACCACGAAGCACUGCCAGGUCAUUCCCAAUUUUCACUAUCGCUGACUGGUGGCCUUCAGCUUCAGAAUUCAUUGCCAAGAUACCUUCUUUCAUCUGUGCAUUGCACUGUAAAAUAAAAAUGAAUGACUUGCCACA